AUGUUGUCUUCCAUCACUUUGAUCGCCUUGAUUGGCUUGGGCUGUUCCGUUCCAGUAAUCCAGGUAAGGAUUGUAGGUAGAAGACGUGCAUGGACUUUGGAAAAUGAGCUUAUAUUGUCUUAAUGAAUGCUUGUUUGGGGAUUUGACUAGGUCAAGUUGAAGACUUUAAUUAUGAAAUAACAACAUUUUGCUAUUUUUAGGAUGACAGUUACACCGCCAUUCCAACCGGAGCUUCCCGUGCUGUCCGCCAAGUGGCUUACACCUCAGCCCAACCCCCAGUAGCGUCUUCCGAUCCCAUUCCAACAGGCGGACCUAAGCGUGCCGUUAGACAGGCGGAACAGGAAGAAUACUCCCCGUCCAAGCCUCCAGCCGUCCUAGUUGAUCCAAUCGCAUCUACUGUUUCUACUGUUUACCGCGCUGUCCGACAAGCCGCCUACACAACCGUAGCGCCUUAUGAUCCUUCUGUUGCAACCAGCGGACCUUACGGACCUUACCGCGCCGUCAGACAAGUUGUGGGCGGUGAACCACAAACAACGGCAAAUCCAGCGGUUCAAGAGGCCGGUACUGGCGCUACCAAUUACCAGCCCGUUCAGGGAAAUGUCUACAAUUACCCGGCCAAGCAACCUCAAAAUCCCGAAUACCAGCCUUCUCUCAAGGUCCCUGUCGCCUAA